UUUCUUGUUUCCUUUAUUAUUUAUCAUGAGUUUAUUUGAAUUACAUUAUGUCAAUAAAGAAGCAGAACAAAAACGACUUGAGAAACAACAAAAGUCAAUUCAAAAUGCAUUCAAAGAAUUACUUGUGUCUUCAAGGAAACAACAGAUACAAGAACAACAAUUACUGUCAAAUUACGGUCUUCAUGCAGGCACACGGGUAGAAAGCAGUAACAGCCUAUAUGCAGAUGAUACAUCCUCCAUUCAUUCUGUCAGCAGUAUAUUUUCAUCAUUACAUUCAAGCGCAUCUUCUAUCACAACAAUAGACUCAGAUACCAAUGACAGAGAUGACUAUGGCUUCAAAAAACCAUUUGAAUGGAUUAAGCCAGAAAAGAUCUAUGAGUUUGAGUCAAGAUACAAGACAAUACAACAAAAACAAUCAAAAAGAUGGUAUACACUACUUCAAAAUAACCAUCAUCAAUGGCCUGAAUUAUGCCCUGAAUUGAUUCAUUAUGUCAGAAAGGGGCUACCCCCACAAGUGAGAGCAAAGGCAUGGAUGCACUAUAGUGGCGCCGGAACGCAUAUGGAAGCAAACCCUGGUUUAUAUCAAUCCCUUCUGCUCCAAAUUGAACAGGAGCCAACGCUUAUAGAUGAAUCUAUUCAAAAAGACCUUUUCCGUACUUUCCCUGACAAUACUCAUUUUACAAAAGACACUAAAAUCACCAUGCUUCAACAUGUCUUGUCUGCCUUUAGUCUCUAUUUACCUGAUAUUGGUUACUGCCAAUCACUCAACUUCUUGGCAGGCUUUUUGCUCUUGUUUUACGAUACAGAAGAACAAGUAUUUUGGAUGUUGGUGACUAUCGUACAGGACUACUUUCCAAAAGAGAUGUUUGAUACUACCAUGCAAGGGACUCAACUAGAACAAACUGUCUUGAUGAAUUUGAUUUAUGAACAUAUGCCGGCCAUAUGGUCCAAGAUUUCAGACAAAAAAUGUUUUUGGGAAUAUGAACAAGUACAGGGCGAAUUUCCUUCCAUUACGUUCAUCACAACCCAUUGGUUCUUGACGAUGUAUAUCCAUAUUUUACCAGUGGAAACAGUAUUGCGUGUGUGGGAUUGUUUCUUUAUUGAAGGAUUUAAAGUGCUCUAUCAAGUGGCCCUGACAAUACUUAAGCUAAAUGAACAACGCAUUUAUGAAGCUGAAGAUGCUAUUGAAGCAUUUCAGAUACUUCAAAGCAUGCCUAAGCGAAUGAUUGACUGUGAUCAGUUUAUUAAAUGUAUCUUUUCUUCUAAAAACGACAUUGUACUCGACUUGACUUUACAAGACAUUGAUCACAAAAGAAUCUUAUUUCGAACCAGAAAACAACAGCGUCUUUCUUGAUCCUAUUUUAAUAUAACCCUGUUUUAAUGAAACCCAAACUUUAUUUAAUAAAGAAAAAAA